GCCGGGGUGGGGGGGGGGAGCGGAGCCCGGCCCGGGAGCGGGAACCACGGGAGUGACUGGGGCCCGGGCCCCCCCACGCCGUGCACCAGACUCACUCCCGGCUGCCUGAUCUAACACACGGGUAUAUGGGAUGGAAGCGGGACCCUCGGGAGCAGCUGCAGGCACCUACCUGCCCCCCCUGCAGCAGGUGUUCCAGGCCCCGAGACGGCCUGGGAUAGGCACUGUAGGCAAGCCCAUCAAGCUCUUGGCCAACUAUUUCGAGGUAGAUAUCCCCAAGAUCGACGUCUACCACUAUGAGGUGGACAUCAAACCGGACAAGUGUCCCCGCAGAGUCAACAGAGAGGUGGUGGAGUAUAUGGUUCAGCACUUCAAGCCACAGAUUUUUGGUGACAGGAAACCUGUGUAUGAUGGGAAGAAGAACAUCUACACAGUUACUGCCUUGCCCAUUGGCAAUGAAAGGGUGGACUUUGAGGUGACAAUCCCAGGUGAAGGGAAGGAUCGGAUCUUCAAGGUUUCCAUCAAAUGGAUGGCCAUUGUCAGCUGGCGCAUGCUUCACGAAGCCCUAGUCAGUGGGCAGAUUCCUGUCCCUCUGGAAUCUGUUCAGGCCCUGGAUGUGGCCAUGAGACACCUGGCAUCUAUGAGGUACACCCCUGUUGGCCGUUCCUUCUUCUCUCCCCCUGAGGGAUACUACCACCCUCUGGGGGGUGGGCGUGAAGUCUGGUUCGGCUUUCACCAGUCUGUUCGGCCAGCCAUGUGGAAAAUGAUGUUGAAUAUUGAUGUUUCGGCCACGGCUUUCUACAAAGCACAGCCAGUCAUUGAGUUCAUGUGUGAGGUGCUUGACAUAAGGAACAUUGAUGAGCAGCCCAAGCCACUAACUGAUUCCCAGAGAGUUCGAUUCACCAAGGAGAUCAAAGGACUGAAGGUGGAGGUGACCCAUUGUGGGCAGAUGAAGAGGAAAUACCGAGUGUGUAACGUCACCCGCCGGCCUGCCAGCCAUCAGACGUUUCCCUUGCAGUUGGAGAGUGGACAGACAGUAGAGUGCACUGUGGCCCAGUAUUUCAAGCAGAAGUACAACCUACAACUUAAGUACCCCCACCUGCCAUGCCUGCAGGUCGGCCAGGAACAAAAACAUACCUACCUGCCUCUGGAGGUCUGUAACAUUGUGGCUGGACAGCGCUGUAUCAAGAAGCUGACAGACAAUCAGACUUCAACCAUGAUCAAAGCUACUGCAAGGUCAGCCCCGGACAGGCAGGAGGAGAUCAGCCGCCUGAUGAAGAAUGCCAGCUACAAUCUAGACCCCUACAUACAGGAGUUUGGGAUCAAAGUGAGAGAUGACAUGACAGAAGUGACUGGCCGAGUACUCCCAGCUCCAAUCCUGCAGUAUGGUGGACGGAACCGAGCCAUCGCCACACCCAACCAAGGUGUAUGGGACAUGAGAGGAAAGCAGUUCUACAAUGGAAUUGAGAUCAAAGUCUGGGCCAUUGCCUGCUUUGCACCCCAAAAGCAGUGUCGGGAAGAAGUGCUGAAGAACUUCACAGACCAGCUCCGUAAGAUUUCCAAGGAUGCAGGGAUGCCCAUCCAGGGCCAGCCUUGUUUCUGCAAAUACGCGCAGGGUGCAGACAGCGUGGAGCCCAUGUUCCGGCAUCUCAAGAACACCUACUCGGGACUGCAACUCAUCAUUGUUAUCCUGCCCGGGAAGACGCCUGUGUAUGCGGAGGUAAAGCGAGUAGGGGACACGCUGUUAGGCAUGGCCACACAGUGCGUACAAGUCAAGAAUGUGGUGAAGACAUCUCCCCAGACUCUGUCCAAUCUCUGUCUCAAAAUCAACGUCAAGCUUGGGGGAAUCAACAACAUCCUAGUCCCUCAUCAGCGAUCAGCUGUCUUUCAGCAACCUGUCAUAUUCCUGGGAGCAGAUGUUACACAUCCUCCAGCCGGGGAUGGGAAAAAGCCCUCUAUUACAGCUGUGGUUGGCAGCAUGGAUGCUCACCCAAGUCGUUACUGUGCAACAGUUCGAGUCCAACGACCCAGACAGGAAAUCAUUGAAGAUCUGUCUUACAUGGUUCGGGAGCUGCUCAUACAGUUCUACAAAUCCACCCGAUUUAAACCUACCCGCAUUAUCUUCUACCGGGAUGGUGUCCCUGAAGGUCAACUCCCACAGAUCCUCCACUAUGAGCUGCUGGCCAUCCGCGAUGCCUGCAUAAAGCUGGAGAAGGACUAUCAACCAGGGAUCACUUAUAUCGUGGUCCAGAAGCGCCACCACACUCGCCUUUUCUGUGCCGACAAGAAUGAAAGAAUUGGGAAGAGUGGAAAUAUCCCAGCAGGCACCACUGUGGACACCAACAUCACUCAUCCAUUUGAAUUUGACUUCUACCUGUGUAGUCAUGCGGGCAUCCAGGGCACAAGCCGACCAUCCCAUUACUAUGUCCUCUGGGAUGACAACCGUUUCACAGCAGAUGAGCUGCAGAUCUUGACCUACCAGCUAUGUCACACUUACGUGCGCUGUACACGCUCCGUCUCCAUCCCAGCACCUGCCUACUAUGCUCGCCUCGUGGCUUUCCGGGCACGCUAUCACUUGGUGGACAAAGAGCAUGACAGCGGCGAGGGGAGCCACAUAUCGGGACAGAGCAAUGGGCGAGAUCCCCAGGCCCUGGCCAAGGCUGUGCAAGUUCACCAGGACACUUUGCGCACCAUGUACUUUGCUUGAAAGGCAGAACGCUGUUACCUCACUGGAAAGAAGAAAGCUUUCAGAGCCCAAGGAGCCAUACAGAUGGAAGGAAUCCCAAGGAAGAGGAGUCCAGGGGAGUGGGAGGGGAAUGGGGGCAGGCUGGGGGGAGGGGGGUUGGGGGGAAGGAGAGCUUGUUUCCCCACUGCAGAGCAGAAGCUGCAUCACUAGGGGGUGGGGGAUGGGGGGCAGGGCUGGCAAAGAGGGACCACCAGCCAGAGACCCCUGACUCUUCCCUUGCUCUGCCACAUCUGACCCGACCCCAGUGGACCAAGAGAGAGGCAGCAUCGUCGCUCACAGGUGCCCAUUUUAAAAUGCAAUACUAAAGACUUGUGACUGGGAGGGCUCCAUAAGGUCGGCUCUACAGCUGCGGCUCGAGGGACAGAAGCUGGUAGGUUUGGGUUCACUUCUUUUAGAGGGAAAAGUGUUGGCUUGGAAAAGAGGGUGGGAGGAGGAAGAGGGAAGGAUUUUUAGGAGCCUUAAUCAAAAAGGUAUAGAUUCAUUUAAGAAAAAAAAAUCCCAAACCAAUAUUUUAGGAUAGUAGAGUUUUAAUGGGUUUGAAAUCCAGUUUGUAGGGAAAUUUUACCACCAGUAGUUUUGGUUGCUCCUCCCCCAGCUGUCACCCCUCCCCUCUGCGGCACACCUUCCGUGGCACCUUCCUCUCUCCCCUUUCCCAUCAGAUGUAAGGCACUAUGGCACUUAGUCCGAAUUGACACAGCCCUGUCUUCCUUCUGCCCCACUGGUGGGUGACCAGUGCCUUCACUGUAAUGCUGCAGAACUGCAACCUUUUUGUACCUUUUUUUUUUUGUGUGUGUGGGAGGGGGAGAAGGAGGAUAUGGGAAGAAGGGGAGAAAUACCCCAAGUCUCAGAGGCCUCCUGUAGGUGACGCUGCCAGCUGUCUGCAUCAGAAGGAAUUGACUAUGACAUUCACAGAGUGAACCCAUUGCUUUGAGAUCACAACCUCAAGAUGGUUAAAAUCCAUUGAAGACAUUUGCACUUUCAAACAUGACAAGUUUCUUAGCUGCUGAGAUAACUGACCCUUGCCCUCCCCUCACUCCCACCCCUCUGUCCCCAGAUUCCCAGAGCGUUAUUUCAAUGGCAUCCUUUCCUCCAUGACAGUUGAGUCUCCCAUGUUUCAAUAUUUCUUUGCUGGGCUAUCUUAGAACAAAAGAUACUUAGGUCUAAAAGAAGAAAAAAAGAGAAAACUAAAUGUUAUUUUUAUACAGUAUCUCGAGUCUUUUGCCAAAACUUGCAGGUGACUCUCAUGUCCUCUGAGUUUACAUCCCAGACACACUGAGCCGUCCGUCUGUCUGUCCAUAGAAGGGUCGUGUACCUGGGUCAUUGUUUCUGCCCAGUUGGCAGGGGGUGAGGUUGGAGCCCUCCUAUUUCUUGGUUCCCUCCCCCACUCUGUGCAUUAUCCACCAUUCCCUUGCGCCCCUUCCCAAGAGGAUCCUGUUGUCUCAUCUAUUCUUAGUCGGAGCUCAGGCUUUCUGACUCCAGCAUGGCCUAUAACACACUUUUUGAUAGCUUCUGCUGCUUGCUUUCGCUGCUGUUUACACAAAAUACUUUUAGUUCUGCUCGCAAGGGGCAGAUGGGGAAGUGUAUGCAUGUGUGCAUAUAAGCGUCCCUCUUUCUGCAGUCAGUGAAGGGGUCUGAUUAGGGUAAGGUGCAGGGGGGGUAUAGUUGGUCACUUGGGGGAGAACAAGAGCCCCAGACUGUCUAAGGCCUCUUUAGGCUGCUGGGUACCCAGGGUAUCAGUGGUUAGGCCCCUUCCUCUGACAUGGGUAAGUAUAGGGACUGCUUAUUUGUUUAUGCCCAGCUGGUGAGGACAAGGAACCUCAGCUCAUUGUGGGAAUUUCUCUUUGCGCUUUAAGGGAUUAGACAUGAGGCAGCCUAGUCUGUCAUCUCUUCUACUGGGCUUUAGCUUGGUUGUUUUGCAACCACUGACCUUGAAGGCCACACCCUUAGAUGAAGCCCAUGUGGGAAGCCUUGGCCGUUAGGCCUAGUGGCUGGUAAAGCAGACACAGGAUUGGAGACUGGCUUGAAACCAAGUCUCUGUCCUUGUCUGCUCAGGGAAAGGUGGGCAGGUGUUGGAAAAUGGCUCUUCCCCCUUCCCAGCAGAAGAGUUGCCAGACCAUGAUUUGCUAUGCAAAAUAAUCUACCCCAAUCUCUAUUUUUGUUGACCAUAUUGUUCAAAGAUAUCAGCAAAAUUUAGCACAAACAAUAGCUGUGGAAUAGGGCAUUGGGACAGUUUGGUAAUUCCUUCCAUUCCUUCCUUCCUUCCCUUCCUUCCUAGCCAGUAGUAUCGCCUACCCUGCCGUCCAUUGGCUAGAUGGCUGGGAAAGCCAGUGGCUCUCCCCUAGCUGUGGGUGGCAGGGUGGGGAGGGGCUCUGGGAGGGGGUGAGCUCACCUAGGAGCCUACAUUCCUUACACAAGUGCCUAUAUUGUGAUGUCAACACUCUGCCCGCCUCUGUCCAUUUCCAUAUCCCCGCCUCUAGUUUGUGUCCAUUCAUACCUCUGGGUGGGGCUCCAGCCUUUUGAAGCUCCCCCAGGACCAGUGGCUUUGCAUGUUUUCUCCGCAUGUGUCUUGGGCUUGGGGUUCAGGGCAGUUUUCCUGGGAGGGUACAAUCAUUCACCAGCAUUUUUAUCCAUGCCCGUGGCAGGUGGCAGCCACAGGGCCCGGUUUGUGUUCCUCCUUUUCUCUCUCUGCCUCCCUCCUGUUGAAUUUUGAGCUGGGGUCUGAAUUGCUUUUUUAGAAAUGUUGGCAUUACAUAUGCCAUUUGUAAAAUAAAUAAAUGAAAGUGCGAGGAGCAGCUUGGGCAUUGGUAAAAAAAAAAAAAAAAAAAAAAAAAAAAAACCAACACAAAAACAAACAGCUUUGUUGCUCUUGUGAUUUUUUUUUUUUUUUUAGCCUUUGAGACUUGAAAUAUAAACUUGAUCUUAGAAUUUGCACUUGUGUGUGAGGUGCCGUGCGCAGGAUGAGAAGGUGGUCCUGGCAUCAAGCUCUCAUCUCUGUGGGAUUGCCUGUCCAGGUGUUGGGGGCACCCAGAGUGCCCCGGCCAACCUCUUAACUGUCUGUUGCUUCCCCCACUUUUCUCAGUACCCCCAUUCUGCUUCUAUGCCUUUUUGAGGUCAAGCCUCUGCAGAGCCCCAGUGUCGAUAGUUAAGCCUGUUGUGAAGCCAUUACUCCUUUGCUUCUGAGCAGCUGGAAUUCCAUUUUUUCUAUAGGUCUGAUUUACAAUGUAGUGCCCAUCUGGCAUCUGGUGCUGCAUGAGUGUCCAUGUGAGCUUCUCGCUAUGUCUGUCCCAAGGCCUCAGCUGAUGCAGAAUCAACAGGCAUGCCAAGCUGGGGUAACUACAGGAGGCUUUGCUUCUCCUUAGGCCCAUCCCUAACCACCACAAGGUGCUAUUCCUGCUGUAAUACUGAGCACCCUGUAUGCUUCUGGUCCUAGUUAUCCCAGCAGCCGCCUCUCUUUCUGGGCCACAUCUCUGAGUAGCCUCCUUUGAGGAGGCCUGGAAUUCAAUGCCUUAGGUGGCCAAAUAUUCUAGGCUGGGUGGGCUAGGGGAGCAGAGCAAACCAAUUCUUCUUGCCUUCUGUUCCUUCAUGGGUGCAUAGGGUCAGACUGGAUGAAAGAUCCAUCCCUUCCACAGUUUGGAAUAGUGUUGCAGUAUCAAGCCAGUGGUUAAACAGAGAAAUGGGAAGGAAUAUUCCUGAGUACCACAAAGGCCAUUCAGGUUGGAUUGAAUUCUUGACAUGCCAGUCGGGCAUCCCCUUUAAUCUAGGAUCAAUGCCACAGGACCCCCUAGGUCCAGAGAAGCAGUGCUGGUGGUGGGGAUGAGACCUAGGCAGGAUGGGCAGCUUGGGAAAUCCUUUUUCUCCUUGCUUGGGUAAAUCGUUAUGUACAAAACUGUUGGAGGCUUUUUCUGGAGCUGGGAUCUGGCAGGGCGGGCCAUUUGGCAAUAGAAUGUGGGGAGAGCUACCUUCAUGUAGCAAAAAAAAGGGGCUUUGGAAAUAGCAUCCAAGGGUAGUUGUGCUUUAUUUAUUAACCUGGUAUUUGUGCCAGGAUGAAUACUUGGUUACCCUCUUCUCCCAAAAGCUUGGACAUCGUGGAUGUGCCAAGUCUGCGAAGGGCAUCCAAGGCAUUCUGCAUCCUCUCUGCUCUGUCUGACCCUCAGCAGCUGGGGAGGUGCUCUUAUCUUUUAAUCUCUUCAAUUUUUAAGGACUUGCCUUCUCCCUGGGCUGAUGCAGGAUCCAAAAUGGUAUUCUACAGCCAUUCCACUGUCUUCAGACUCUGAGUUUCAGGCUGCUGCAGAGGGAGAGGGAGGUUGGGGACACAUUACUGGAGCACUCAAGGCUUGUGAAGAAGCACUAAAAAGGGGCAGGGUUCAUCUCCUUUUUGAAAAUGAAUCUUCAAAACAUUGUGCAAAUAAAGAAAAUCUGUUGAGUCUAAUGACAGUCCAAUGGCUGAACAGCAAUAAGAAAACGCUGGAGGACAUUGUUUUGUGUAUGUAUGUGGUGUUGUUGCACUUAGCAGAGGUAUGGUGGACAGAGGGUUCGGAGCACUCCUGGGGUUUAGUUUCAGUUCAGUUUCUAAACUUUCACACCUCCCUGAGCCCAGUGAGGGCGGAGCUGGCCUUGGGGCCCCACACCCAGAGUCCUUGUUUGCUUUUGGUUUUCUCUUUGACCUGUGUUAGUGUCCUGCUUCUGACUGUAUGCUGGAUGGUCCAUUUGUGAAACUGCCCAAGCGGUUGUAACGGACAUUUAUUUCUGAAACAAGCAGCCGCAUGAUAUUGUGUUUUAUAAAGAUAACAAUGGCUUAUGUUUUAAAAGUGCAGCAUCAUUUUUUCUUCUUUUUUUUUUGGUGGGGGUAAAGGGGACAUAUGAAAAAAGCUGCCAAGAACAAUUACAUUGAUUUUAGGCCGAAACAAUAAAGAGAAUACUUUAAGAGUAGAA